CCUUAGCAGCCCUAUAUAUUGGUAUCGGUUGAUAUCAAAAUUGGGAAUCAAGUGUUUGGACAAUAUGGGCAGAUCAGAUAUUGGUAAACAGUUAAUAUCGGACACCCCUACAAAGAAUCAAAGUUCUGUAUCAGUCAUGGUACCGACAUCAAACCUGUCACUGCCAAGCAAAACAAACAACCAAAAACUCAAAUGUUAAAUUGAUGCACCAGAGACAAAGACGUGGCGUCACUUCUGUCGUUGUGCAUCAUAAAGAAAUACCAUUGCCAUAAACAGCUAGCCGAGGUACGGAGCGGUGGAGCAGGCCUCUGUCGAAGCCUGUCAGGGGCCUAAAGCAAACCUCUACUGCAGUUGGAUGUCGGGCAGGGGUGUGUUUUGGUCUGCUUCCAAGAACUGGGUUUGGGAAACAGGGUUAUCAGCAACUGAUAAGGGCCACGUUUAAAAGGCGGGAUUUAGGGUGAGCCUACCUAAGCUCACACUCACACCAACAGGAUCCAGCAUUAACCCAUCAUGCUUCUACUCGCGGUCACUGUGUCUGUCACCAGUGCCUUUUUUGCUGCAGGAGUUCUCUGUUUGCCACUGAUGGACCAGGGGCCGUACAUCGACCACGGCUGGGACCAGGUGGUGCGGCUCAGGCACCUGUACGCCAUGAGACCCGGACUGCACCUGCUGAUCGGUGCCGACGGACAGAUCCACGGCUCGGCAGAGCAGAGCGUGCACAGUCUGCUCGAGAUCCGGCCGGUGGAUCCAGGUUGUGUUGCCAUCAGAGGAGUAGCCAGUUCACGGUUCCUCUGCAUAGAAGGCGACGGGACGCUUUACUCAGCACAAUCCUACAACAGAGACGACUGCAGCUUCAAGGAGCAGAUCCUACCAGACGGCUACAACGUCUACACCUCCGACAAACACAGAGUUCUCCUCAGUUUAGGAAACCAGCGACAGCGGCUGCAGGGCCGAGACCGCGGAGUCCCGGCCCUGGCCCAGUUCCUCCCCAGGAUUAAUACCGUGCCAGAAGCCCUGAUUUCCGGACUCGGCGUCCCAGAGCAGCCGAGACCAGGUGCAGCACAAACAGAAGAGAAUAUGGACAACGUGGACUCUUUUGGAAAACUCUCUCAGAUCAUCCACAGUCCCAGCUUUCAUGAGAGAUGACGGAGUCACAAUAGGAGAAACUCGGAAAAAAGAACUUUGUCCUCAGCUGUUUGGCUUCACCUGAGCCAUCCAGCAGGUGCGGCACAGAACCAGGGACGACACUUGCGGUCUAGUCAGCGGCUCCUGAAAAUGCUGCUGCUGAGACACCCUGUCGGUACAGUCCUGUCCACCGUGACUGCGACGUCCUGCAGCUUGAGACUGUCCAUUUAUACUCGCUUCGUUCAUUUAGAAUCACCAACUAAUGAGCAGCAGAGGGCAGUAGGGGGCGACAUUCUUCCAUAUGUGGUCAAACUGACUAAGAAAGCAAGCAAGGGCCACACAUUGAGUUAGGUCAUUGGGUUUAAACCACUAACAACACAACAUCCGCCUGUAGCUAAGGCUGUGAGAGACAUCCUCUGUUGUACAGCUACCAUUCCAAAUUAGAACUAUUUCAUGAUGAUCUAAGUAGGGACUAAAGCUUGAGCUUGACCUCCUGACCUGGUUGAUAGGCAACAGUCUCUAACAACCGAUCAACAGGCUACAACCAUCCUACAAACUAGAGAGGCCCAGAGAGAAACACUGAAACCUAGAUCAGAUUUAGUCUCUGGCCGUCAUUCAAACACCCGUGUUCAUGGGCUUGAGGACGUAGCAUUGGAAUUUUUAAAUUACAAACUAUUUUGUAGCAGUGCAAUCAGAGUUGACCUGUAUCGACUGGUAAAAAACACUUUUUCAACACGAACAGGAACAGCUGCCAUGGAAACACAUUAUUAUUCACUGAUAGUUUUAUUAUAUUCUUGCAAAUUUGUCGUCUGGUGUAUGAAUCAAAAUACUUUUGCUCAAAGCAGCCCUCUAGUGGUUCACAGCUGAAACUGAUUUUAUUUUUUUCAAAACUUAGCAAAAUGCUUAAAGUUAAUUAAAAAUAUAAUAAAAUAAAGGGCUCGGGUCGUGAACAUCCAUGUAGUCCCUCUUCUGUAACUGGUACUCGUUUAAAUGCACCUGAAGGUAAAUUUCAACUGACAUGGCUGUAGUUUGACUCUAACUUUUUUAUAUACUGUGAUAAGGUUGUAAUGUGUUUUCACUAAUGGAAACCUGGUUGUGGCCUUUGAACAUCGUUAGACUCUCUUCCUUGAUUUGUGUUGCAGUUGCUGUUUUGGCACAGGGUUAAGUUCUAUUUAUUAACUUAUUUAAAUAUUCAGUCCAUAAAUAUAACUAUAUGUAAAUAUGACUGUGUUUAUUGUACAUACGUGUAUAUAUGUAUAUUGGAGACUUAAUAAAUUCAUAAUGAUGAAGUUUUGAAUGAUUGUCUUUCUGUGUACUUUCAACAUACUUUCCUCCACAGUAAAAAGCGUGUGAUUGCCCCACAUACAACCACAGCUACUGAGACAGGAAGUGAUGAGUGUAGGAAAUGAAUGAUCGCAAAGACGAUGAUGAUUAGUCACAGAUAAACGGAGAAAAAAAGAGAUUAUUCAUUUUAUUCCAUUUAUGUGAGCACACAGCAAAAAAUAAUUAUUUAAAAUAUAGCCAAUUUUCCUAAAAUUUGGUGAAAUUAAGUAAACUGGCGUUAAUAUUAGUAGUUCACAAUUUUCUUCAGUGCCCCCAUUUUGUAAAUAAUCAAGCCCCCACAGCCCCUUUGGUGUAAAGCCCUUCUGAAAUAUUGACACUGAAAUUCCCUGCAUCCGCUGCGGUCCAUCCUGCUCCACGCCCCACUUUUGAAACCACUGCCUUAUAUUAGGGAUCGCUGGUUUAACCACCAGUGAUAACUAACUGCCUUGCUCGUUUUCUCUGCGUUUUCAUGUUGGGAGUUUGCAAAUUUUUUUCCAUUAUUUUCCAAAACGUACAACAAGCUCAAGCUCAACUCCCCAGCAUUACACUUAACCAAUAACCAUUAACCUAAAAAAAUGCUUCUAGUGAUUGGACCAUUACGUCUUAAAGCUCAAACGGCAUAAUGACAUAAUGACGAUAAAUACAGUAAAAAGUAUUACUUUAGUAUAAGCCUUAUUGUCACAUAUUGUUUAUGUUGCUAAUGCUAACUAGCUGACAGUGAACUCCUGUUCAGUGACAGCCUGAGAAGCUGUCCUUCAC